UGACACAACCCUUGCACGAUAUUCGCUAUGAUUACAAGUGAUUUGUUGUUUAUUUUCAUAUCCUUUACUACUAUCAUAGCAACCCACGAACGAACGAAUGGAAUAGUUUGUGCUUCAACCGAAAUAGACGGUACGUUUGCAGAUGAAAAUUGUGCCGGUACUUUGAACCAAGCAUCCUGUCGCAUCGAGCCAAAGAUUCAACCGAAGAUGUCGAGCAAAUUGUUCAUGUGUGAUUUCGAAGUGUUUGGAAUUGUUCAAGGAGUGUUCUUCCGCAAGUACACCCAAAAACAGGCAUCAAGCUUGGGAAUACGUGGUUGGUGCAUGAAUACUCGCGAUGAUACAGUGAAGGGACAGCUCGAGGGUGAAGAAAAAGCGAUGAACGAAAUGAAACAUUGGCUACAAACGAAAGGAAGUCCAUCUAGCCGUAUUGAUAAGGCGGUUUUUAGUGUUCCCGCUGAGAUAACAAACUAUUCUUUUAAGGAUUUCUCAAUUCGUCGCUAAAUUUUGAACCCAUCAGCAGGUGAGCGAACUAGAAAGACCUUUCUUAAUUGGAAGUAAUUUGAUGUAUAUGUUUGCUUAAAGCAGAAAACCAUUAGGCACAAGGUACGCACGAUACCGCGAAAAGCCAGUAAACAUAUCGUACUGUAUGUCUUUUCUGUCCGAAAUUGUUAACAGUAUUACUGUUGCUUGGUUUUACUAAGCUAAUAAAUGCACUUUCGUGAACGAGGUUCUGAAUUGCGCCCAA